AUGUUGUCGAGAGGUCUCGCCACGUCGAGCGCCCUUCGGUUGCGGAAGGCUAGCAUUUCAUAUGUAUUGUAUGUGCGCGCGUACAGCACGCCGGCGGACUUGCCCCUGCCAAAGACAAAGAAAGUGUUCGAUUCGGUAGACGAAGCUGUCAAGGACGUGAAGUCUGGAGACACCCUGCUGAGUGGAGGAUUUGGGCUAUGCGGCACGCCUGAUACACUCAUCGAUGCUCUCGCUCGACGUCCAGAAGUGACCAAGUUGACUGCCGUGUCAAACAAUGCUGGUGCAGGGCAGAAUGGUCUUGGCAAACUGCUCCAUAGCGGCCAGAUAGACAAAAUGAUCGCAUCUUACAUUGGAGGGAAUAAACAUUUUGAAUCGCUCUAUCUUCAAGGAAAUAUCUCAAUGGAACUAGUGCCGCAGGGUACACUUGUCGAGCGUCUUCGUGCACAUGCUGCAGGAAUACCCGCAUUCUACACACCAACAGGCGCGUCUACAGCGGUGGAAGAAGGCUCGAUACCCAUUCGUUAUAAUGCUGGCGGGAUGAAGAAUGGGGUCGCCAUCUCUGGAAGCAAGAAGGAAACGAAAGAGUUCAAUGGUCGGAAAUAUGUACUUGAGCCAUCUAUUCCCGGAGACGUCGCGUUUGUGAGAGCUUGGAAGGUGGACGAAGUCGGCAACACGGUAUUUAGGUAUACUGCGAACAAUUUCAGUACCGUCAUGGCCAAGAACGCGAAGCUGACGAUUGUGGAGGCUGAGAACAUCGUACCCAUUGGUUCCUUAUCGCCAAACGCGAUCCAUCUCCCUGGCAUCUAUGUUGAUCGUAUUGUUCAAGCUACCGCAGAGAAGCAAAUUGAGUUCACCACACUGGCUCCAGCAUCAUCGGAAGGCAAAGAUGCUGGUAAGGCUGUCGCGCUGGAUCUGCGUCACCGUAUCGCACGACGUGCAGCCAAGGAACUGAAGGACGGGUACCACGUCAACCUUGGUAUAGGUAUGCCCACACUUGUGCCCGAGCAUCUGCCGCCUGGUGUGAGAGUGUGGUUGCAAAGUGAAAACGGGAUAUUGGGGAUGGGUCCAUACCCGACGCCAGAACAGCUGGAUGCUGAUAUCAUCAAUGCGGGUAAGGAAACUGUGACUCUUUUGCCAGGGGCAUCUGUGUUUGACUCCGGCGAAUCGUUCGCUAUGAUUCGUGGCGGCCAUAUCGACGUCGCUAUUCUUGGGGCCAUGCAAGUCUCGCAGGCCGGUGAUAUCGCCAACUUCAUGAUCCCAGGGAAGCUUGUGAAAGGUAUCGGCGGCGCGAUGGAUCUGGUGUCCAACCCUGAUAACACGAGGGUGAUUGCUGUCCUCGAGCACUGCGCCAAAGACGGAAGCCCGAAGAUUCUGAAGGAGUGCUCGCUCCCGCUGACAGGUGCAAGGACAGUCAGUCAGAUCAUCACAGAGCUGGCUGCCUUUGAUGUGGACCGGCAUAGCGGUGGACUCCAGCUGACGGAUCUGGCUGAGGGCGUUUCGCUGGAGGAGGUCAAGGCGAAGACCGGGUGCGAGUUCACGGUGCGGAGUAGUCUGGGGAAAUUGUGACGAGAGUGAGGGGAAUGUGGGGUUCUUGCGGGGUCAUGCAGCUUCUGAAGGCACUGUUCGGAGGGAAACUAGGGAAACGCAACAGGUUCGUAAUAUACUGCUUUUGCGGAUUU